AUGAAAUCAACCAACGACCUUCGUUCAUCCCUGUCGACCUUGUCAGCGGCUCCUAGUCUAACCACAAUGAGUAAACCCAGCUCGAACAACAGCAAAGUUAGUCUUGCACACAGCCGCACACCCAGUGUCGCUGAAUCGAGCAAAGAACCAAAGCCACCUUCGCGGGAGGAGAUGAUUGCAGAACUAUUAGAAAAAGCUAAAUUCUACACCUCUCUGUGUUUGGGAACUACGGCGAUUUUGUCGGUAUUCGCCUUUCUUUUUCUGAUACCGUUCGUAGUGGACCCAGCCAUUUCCACCAUUGUAGCUGAUUACGAUCCAGUACCAGUUACAUGUGUAGUAACAGAUCAUGUGUACGCCGAGGGAAUGCGGAACUGUACAUGGAGUUCCUGUCGGGAAGGUUGCACAACAGCCGCCAUUAGAUGCCACCAACUACUGGUCAACUACACCAAGAUUGCAUAUCAUACAUUGCAGAAGGAACCAAGAGAUCUUGAUGCUAUCGAGUGGGAUGUAAUGGAUACCAAGUUCCUAGUUAACACAGAAGGUUGCGGCUAUCCUCCACGAGUGAACUGCACUGAAUUCGCGAAAAAAUAUGGAUAUGCGCACGUAGGAGAACCUUUUCCGUGUUACUACAGUCGUGCAUAUCCGGAAAUGGUAGUGGCUCGCUACUCGUGGGACGACAAUCUUAAACAUCUAAUACUUUCGUUAAUCAUACCAAAUGUGCUCUUUGCUGUUUCGAUCGGCGUGCUUAGCUAUUGGUACUGUCCCUGCUGCGACAAAGCUUGCCACAAAUCACCACGGGUUUACGCAGAAAAGUAUCCCACUAAGGAAAACAAACUUCUCUGCCGUAGUGACGACGAGGAAGACGAACUAGACUACUGAAAGUUUAUUUUCGAUUUUUCAUCACGUAGCAGCUGAUUUUACUACAUUCGGAAUAAUAAUACACAUUCUGCACACACCCAAUCCCUACACAGUUUUCGUUAACUCACGUACACUUUCGAAUCGAAAGAUAGGCCAUAUUUGCGACAGCCUCAAACGAAAUUAUGUUAAUUCAUAGAGAAUCUGGAGCGGCGAGCAUCCACAGUAAUAUACCAGCGGCAUCUACAAGCGUUUCUUUUAAAUUUGCUUCAUGGCUGCAUGAGUUAUUUUACUCAUUUAUUUUUUGAGCCUGUAAUUUUUUAAAACCCGUUGAACUAAAUUCAAAUUUUUUAUGGCUUAAUCAUCACAAAAAUGCUUGUAUCUUAUAGUAUAUACAUACUGAGUUUUUCUUAACAAUCGCACUAGUACUAUGCUUCCACAUAAUUAAAAACAAAUGAAGUGUGUUUAUUGAACUGAUCAUCAACAGUACAGACGAAGCAUUUCAAGAAGACUGGCAGCAGCUCUUUCUGAAACUGAGAACGCGAUGAGGGAACAUUCAUAUAUUAUGCGAAACUUGCCAAAUUGUCAAAAAAAUUGACGUUUGUAACGCUUCACUGAAUAUACCCCCCUACACCCUUUCCUGAGCGCGUAACGUGAUAUAAGAAUGCUUCCUUAACGAUAAUAUCAUUGCACGAAAAUUGACCUAAUGUACGCAUACACACACACUUAAAAUUUACUGCCAAAACUCGUUAAUUAAUUGCCGAUAACAAUGAUACUGAGUGCUCGAUUGAAGAAAUGACAGCUGUCAUUUUUUUCGUGAAUCUCGGUUCAACCCAACUAAAAUGUCAGCACAAAAUAUCCCAAAUCUCAGUAGUGCUGAAUCCUGGUUUUACUUAUUGGUUUUGCUGAAUUGAUAAAGGUGGCUCUAAUGUUUGGCGUUGAUGAUAGAUAUGUUGGGUUAUGCUGACAGUCUUCUUGAUCGAAUGUUUUUAUGCAAGUCAAGUACAAUAAACGCCUGAUCAUCGGAAGCUGACAUUCUUUGCAUUUUUCAGUAAUGCCGCUAAAUGCUUCUUGUAAAUAUUGUAUAAAAUCUUGGUAUAAAUAUGAACUGUUAGCAAAGUAAACUGUAUAUAAAACCAAAUUGUUCAAUUGAGAACUAAAGAUAAACAAUUGCCAUGCCGAAUACAAUGUUAAAUAUGCCGCUAUGUAAGAUUCAAAGUAUGAUAGCAUUAAAACAAUAUAGUUUUUGAUGAUUUGAAUUCUCAGUUAGAUCCAAUAUUUACACGAACAUUUUUGUUACAAUUUAGUAUUGAUUUCUUCAUUGUUAUGUUGAACUAAUACAUUACGUUUCCUUUUUUAAUGUUGGUUCAGUAUUCUUACUUGACUGCUCCGUAUGUUAUCCUUUACUUCUCAUAUGAUUUUUCUCUUUCCAUUUCGAUUAUCUCUAUAAUUACAACAUCAACACAAUAAAACACAAUGUUCACUUGUACCCAAUGAUGUACACGGUUGCCGUCCUGCUCUAGUAAAGAGUCAUGGAAUAUUGAACUUACUCAAGAUUACAUAAGCAAGAUAUGAGAUGAGAAGAUACAUCAGCACCAGGAGCCAUUCCCCGUCAACGUCGACAACUGAAUUAACCACAUCAACCGUCAACGGACAACCAGUCUUCAGCUCUCGGCAGUGCUACACACUGGGAAAGCACACUCAUAAAACACAUCGAUCAUUAAGAGAAAAAAAAACUUUUUCACUGACUAAACAAAACAAACAAAAAUAUUGGUUUUUCCGUGUUUCUAUAAUUUAUAAUAAUAGUUAUAAUUUAACAUUUCAUACUCAUGUUGAGUAGUAAACAAAAUCAAAGAUAUAAACAAAGUCUAAUUACAUAUUUUAAAAUUAACCAGUAUUUGUCAACGAUGCAAGUACUAAACGGGCUUAAAACAAAUAUUUUUUUUAUUCAAUUCAAUAGUUUGUAGUUAACAGAAAAAUGAAUUACCAACUGUUUGGAUAGUAACAUUCUACUAUACAAGAAACGCUUGAAAUGCGAAUAUUGUCACGCUUUAUCUUUAAAGUUUAGUCUUUGUCGGUUAAUACGAAAAUUACUAAUGUCGCACAGAGAAUAGAUUUGUAAUUUUUGAAAACUCAGAGAUCUUUAUGACAAAAUAAAUAACGCUUUGAAAUACUUCUAAA